UCCUCUUGCAGCUCCGGCCUUCGCCGCCGCCCGCCGGCGAUGGAGUUCGUCGACGACGACUGGGACUCGCAGCCACGCGCGCGAGUCAUCCACUCCCGCGGCAACGGAAACGCCAACGCCGACGCGGCCGUUGAGACCUCCACCCAGCCAUCCCGCUCCCUCCCCCACACCGCCGCCUGCGCCGCGGCGGCCGUGGCGCUCCUCGCCGCCGCCUACUAUCUCCUCCCGGAGUACCAGAUCCUUGCAUCGUUCUCCGUCUGGGUCGCGUCCUCCCUACUCCUCGCGCCCUUUGCGCCCUCCUCUGCCACCGGCGGUGACAUCUCCGUUGGCCGCGGGGACCCCCUCCCCGAGCGGGAACCCGACGAGGAACCCGUCCCGGAUCCCGCCCCCACCUCCCGCCGUGGUCGGCGGCAGAGCUCGAACCCGCCCCAGCCGCCACCGAAGCCCUCAGAUCCGGUCACGCGUCCGGUCCAACCACCUCCGCCGCGGCAGCGCGCGGCGGCCGUGGUCACAGCCGUGUCGGACGGCGCUGAGGCGGUGGGGGACGCCGGCGAGUGGACUGACCAAGAGAUGGACAUCCUCCGCCGUCAGAUGGUGAAGCACCCGGCGGGGGAGCCCCAGCGGUGGGAGAAGAUCGCCGCGGCGUUCGGCGGCCGCCGCACGCCGGAGAGCGUCAUCCGCGCGGCGAAGUCCGGCGGCGGCGCUGCUGCUGCUUCUGGGGGCUCGUUCGACCAGUUCCUCCGCAAGCGCAAGCCGCUCGACCCGAGGGCCGAGGCGGCCGACGCCAGUGGCAAUGCCGGUGGAGGGGAGAGCGGGGACGGGUCUUGGUUCGCCGGCGAUGACCGGGCGUUGCUGAACGCGCUCAAGGAGUUCCCCAAGGAGACGGCGAUGAGGUGGGAGAAGGUGGCCGCGGCGGUGCCAGGGAAGACGAAGGCAGCGUGCAUGAAGAGGGUCACUGAGCUCAAGCGCGAUUUCCGGAGCAGCAAGGCGGCGUCAGAGGCAGCUCCAUAGUGUAAGGUCUCAGAUCUGCAGAGAUUCACCAGAGUGCAACGAGAAAUGCAAACUACAGAAUGAUGGUGAUGCCAAAUGGAGGAGACCACAGAAAUAUAGAACAGAAGAUGUACUACUUUUUUUUAAAGGGUCAGGAAAAUCCUUGAUAGAUACAGGAAGACACUGGGACACACGAAAACAAACAGAUUUCCAGAUUGGAAAAGAAAUUGCAGCCCCAGGUUUGGUUGUACUGUAGUGUCAAGCCUCCAACAUGGCAACAUGUGUUAUAUGCCAUUUGAUUGUUUAUACUCAUCUUUUGACAGAGCUAAUCUAAUACACACUGUUCUCUUC